GCAAUCUCUUCACCGCGGAAGCAGCCAAGCCCUCCCGCCUCGAUCGGAAAAGCUCUCCAUUCUCCGCACCGCACCCCGUCGCCGGGAAGCCUCGAACAAUGAGCGCCGCCGCCGCCGCCGCAGCCGCCUCGGCUGCCAAUGUCGCCGUCAUCGGGGGCGGAAUAUCGGGCGCUGUAUGCGCGUCGCUGCUGGCCGCGCGCGGCGUGGCGGUGACGCUCUUCGACUCCGGCCGCGGGGCCGGUGGCCGCAUGGCGCAGCGGAGGGAGGUGAUGGAGGACGGCACGGAGCUGCGAUUCGACCACGGCGCGCCAUACUUCACCGUGAGCAACGACGAGGUUGCUCGGGUCGUGAGCGGGUGGGAGGCGCGGGGGCUCGUCGCCGAGUGGAAGGCCAUGUUCGCGUGCUUCGAUCGGGAGGCCGGCAAAUUCACUGAUUUCGAGAAGGAGGGAACAAUUAAGAAGUAUGUGGGAGUGCCAGGCAUGAACUCAAUAUGCAAAUCACUUUGUCUAGAGGAUGGUGUGGUGGCCAAAUUUGGUGUCACCAUUGGCAGGAUGGACUGGAUUCAAGAUAGGAGUUCAUGGUUACUGGCUAGUUUGGAUGGGAGAGAUCUUGGCCAUUUUGAUUAUGUUGUAGCAACCGAUAAGAAUAUAGCAUCACCAAGAUUUUCUGGGCUAACUGGAAGACCACCGCCUCUUGAUUUGUCAUUGCUUCCACAAUUGUCAAUGAUGAUUCAGGAUAUCCCUGUUCGCCCCUGUUUUGCUCUUAUGUUAGCAUUCUCAGAGCCUUUGACUAAGGUACCUGUUCAAGGUUUCUCAUUCAAUAAUUCUGACUACCUAAGCUGGGCCUUUUGUGAUAGUAGCAAGCCAGGACGUGCUCAUGUACCGCUUAACAGUCAGUCUUGGGUAUUGCAUUCGACAGCUGAGUAUGCUUCAAAGGUAAUCAAUAAUAUUGGUCCACGGAAACCUUCAGCUGAUGCCCUUGCUAAAGUGGCAGAGGAAUUGCUCAAAGAAUUUCAGGCUACAGGAUUGAACAUACCACAGCCAAUCUUUAUGAAAGCCCACAGAUGGGGCAGUGCUUUCCCAGCCAUCGCUAUAAGUGGAGACGACAAGUGUGUUUGGGAUAAGAGCAUGAAAUUGGCUAUUUGCGGAGAUUUUUGCACAAGUCCAAGUGUGGAAGGAGCAGUCCUUAGUGGCAUGAGAGGAGCCUCCAAAAUACUACGGUGUUUAAACUUUCCGUCAGGGUUGUGACUUGUGAGUUGUGGCUAACCUCCUACAAUUCUUCCAUUUCCUCCUUGGUUUGUAUUUAUGUGCAUCCACUUUACAGAAACAGUUAAUCAAACCCCAACUGAGAGUUGAGGGCCAUAUUGUUUACCGACCAAUUAGGUAUGAAAUAAGAAAUCAGUACCGAUGGCAAUGUUAUUUUUUAUGAAGUUUAUUUGCUUUAUUAUCUAUUCCAUGUCAUAUAGAAAAGCCAGGUUCCACUGGAAGUGCUGUUUCUCUGUUGGCCUACUAUGCCUUGGACUAAAACACACUAACUACAAGUCUAGGUUGUCUGCCAGACAGAACCUUGUAUGAGUGCACAAGAUGAAAUGCAUGAUGGAUAUUGUAAAGAAGCCAUACACCAACCACUCCUGUUAUCUGGUUGUGUAUCAUGGAAUGUCACCAAAUAUUACUAGGGGGUUAGGGAACAUGCUUGUCAUGCAAGUGAUGUAGCAGAAUAGCCUUUGGAGAAUGCUUGCUGAACAUAUUAAUUUGACAGAAAUGAAGGAACAAUAGUUAUAAUUGAUCAAGAUUUGUUCUGUCAGUUGGUCUCAAUCUCAAUUCGGUGAUACUUUAUACAGAUAUGUGGAAAUGUCUGCAUACCCUUUAUAUUGGAUUCUACUUCCUAAAAGUUCAGAAGUCUAACUGUAGCACAUUCAAGGUGACAUGAUUAUAAUACGGUCAUGUAAUGCUUGAAAUGUGAGUUUAAAUAUACUUUACAGUUACAAUUUUAAAUCCCAUUUCAUUGAGGACAAAGUUUUGCACUCCAACAAUUUCUUAGCAUCAGGAAAGGCUAUGAUUUUUGUGGUCCAUAGGUCCUGUAAGGACCAUCAUAUCUUUAAACUGUCAUAUUUAGAUAUUCCUUAUAGCUUUUUUGUGUUCAAGUCUUCUACCCUUGCAAUGAUAUCAGAUGCUGCCCAGCGACCUAAUAUAAUAAAUGUCUAAGUGCACUGUUGGGAGAAAUCUUUUCCAACCAGACUUCAUAUUCUUAUAGCUUUGUUUUUAAUCUAAUUUGCCCAACAGAGCAACUUUCAGUUUAGUUUGGUAGUGUCUACUGAUGUAUUUUGGUACAAUAUGUGCUCUAUUGUGAGUGAAUAAAUAGGUUAGUAAAUUCACACUACUAUUUGGAGCUAGAAAUGCUCAAAGCAAUUGUAUCGCUGCACAUAAUGGUUCCACAUCUUCAACAGAAACAGGUACGAUUUUCAGUUUAAAAGAAGGCUUUGCAUGGUUUGUUCCCUAUGUAAUCAUUUCAAUUAUCUGUUGCAUAUUCUCUGAGUUCAUCUUAUUAGCCUUUACAUUCCUAUAUCCUUGCAUCCACCUUUUCCUUUUCUUGUUGAAGAAUUUUGGGUUUGUCCCACAGGAAAUUUUCAUGUGCAAAUUGGUCACCCUUCAUGAGCAUCUGUGAAAAAGGUAAGAGAAUAUAGCCUUAUCAUUCUCCAUUUUUUCAAGGUAUUAACUGUCACAUUGAAAGGGUAUAUAAACUAUAUAUAGUUCUUAAGACUAUAAGCACCCACAAAUUUCUUUCAGUUCAAUGAUUAUGAGAUUGGCAAUAACCCAAAUAUGCGUAUACAUCUUCUGUGAGCUACUACAGAGUACUUUUCAGAGUAGCUUUUUUUUUUGUUUAGUCUAGGCCAUACUUACCUGAUAAAUCUAUACCUGGGCCUGUUUCUUUUUUUUUUUCAUUCUAUGAGAAAAAUCCCCUUUUACUCUUGUUUCCCAGGCCCCUCUCCUGUUGUCAUAUAUUACCAAAACAAUGCCUCUUUCUCUUGAAGAUGCAGUGAACUGCAUCUACGACUCUGUUAUAUAUGUCAAUGAGGUUGCAAAUUCAUAGUAGGAAAAUGCAUUUGGCUAUAGCUAUAUUUUGCAUCUUUAUUUAUGCCAAUUCAAAUGCUAUAUAAGAUAUAUAUUGCACACCUAUAGAAGUAUUGCUUGCGUCAAUAGUACUAUACAAUAAUCAAUACAACACAUAUCUUUUUCUUUAAAACUUCCAUUGAUUAAAACAAUCUAAUCGGCUGCGAGUUAGGUAUAGGCAGUCUGCAUGCGUUGCUCGUGCGCUAUGCAGACUGAUUGUUCUUGCAGGUGAGCAGCACAUUUUCUGAAAGCUUCAUCCAGGGUCCCAACUGAAUCGAAGUACGCUACGCUGCUCACAACAGUCACAGCAGAUGCAUGGUCCUGGCAUGGUGGCGUACGUGUGGCCACCCAAUCAUAUAUAUCUAUCAACCUGUCAAGAGAGUAUAUAUAUGAGGCAAAUCACAUUUGAAGACAAAUUUGCUGGAUUUGGAGCAUCUCAAGCCAUAACCGAUGCCCAGCUCGGCAGCUCUCCAGGCCUCCACGUUGCAUGAAGAGUGCCACCUAUUUCGACGGAUCAAAGAAUACAUCACCAGCCCGUCAACACGCGCACCUCGGAUUUGGUGUUUUUACUUAAAGUGAGUUAAGCUGCAUGCUUCUUGCAGUCGCAGAUCCGGGUCCGGCCUGCCCAGAACCUGUCUCUCCGCUGCGUUAAAGGAGUAAUUAGCAUACUCCCUCCGUGUUCGUAAAUAAAGUCGUUUAGAACAAUAUUUAAGUUAAAUCUUGAUAAUAUAAAUCAUAAAUAACUCUCAA